UAGGUCACUAAAACGUUUAUGUUUCGCAUUUUAGCCGAUCAACUUUAGUUAAAUGUUUGGGUAGUAGCUUUCAAGCAAUGCUUCUUUCAAGUCCGGAGGUUGCCAACACAACACGCAGCGCAACAACAGUGAAUAUAUAUAAGAAAGACGAGAGAAAAUUCCAUAGUCCAGGGUCUAGAGAGAGAGAGAAAAGACGUGGGAUUUGGGUAGUGAUUCGGCGGAGUUAAUCGGUGGGAGAAUCCAGUGGAGGCGAAGCGAUUUGAUGAAUAAAGAAAGUAAGAAAGGGAUUCUUGGUGAGGAUAGAUAGACCAGGCGGUUGAUAUUUCGACUGGGGUUGGGGACGGAAAGUGAAUUUUUGGAGCAGAAGGGCGUGGAAAAGAGAAGUGGAUAAAGGAGAAAGCCAAAGGCAUUGGCGUUGGAGCUUCGUCCUUUAGGGACGGAGGAAGGAGAAGUUUCUUCUAGCCCGAGGACGAUUUCUGAAGGAGACUGGUCCACAUCAGGAUCGUUCUCUGCCAUCAGUUCUCCAGGAAGUCCUCCCUUGCGAUUACUCAGACAGUUCCUCUAUAACAUCCAGCAAUUGAUUUGUGCUUCUUCAUUUGUAUGAUAUAUGGGCUGAGUUGCACAUUUCAUGGGAGGUGUAGAGGACGAUGAACCAGCAUCGAAACGUAUGAAAUUAGCCUGUAGAGAGUUGAAAGGCAAUCCAAACGAUUCUUUGCUAUCAGAGCCAAGUUUUGGGUCUUCAAGAGACUUGAUGGCCCGCCUCCUGCAAUCUGAAGAGGAUGAGGUCAUUGGUUCAAAAGGGGUCAUUAAAAAAGUUGAAUUCGUCCAGAUAAUAGCCAAAGCCUUGUAUUCUCUUGGAUACAAGAAGAGCGGUGCCCAUCUAGAAGAAGAGUCAGGCAUACCCUUACACUCCUCUGCAGUGAACAUGUUUAUGCACCAGAUUCUUGAUGGCAAUUGGGGUGAAAGUGUUGCUACGUUACAUAGCAUUGGGUUAAAGGAUGAAAGUACUGUUAAGUCGGCCUCUUUUCUGAUACUGGAGCAGAAAUUUUUUGAGCUUUUGGACGGGGGCAAAGUCAUGGAUGCUCUGAAAACUUUGAGGACUGAGAUUGCUCAUCUGUGUGCUAGUAGCAAUCAGCUUCGGGAGCUUUCUUCAAACCUUGUGUCUUUUUCACAUGGUGCUUCAGUGGGGUCUUCUAAUCAGGUUAAUCUGAGGGCCAAGUCUCGGCCAAAGCUGCUGCAGGAAUUACAAGAGCUUCUUCCCCCGACCAUUAUGGUACCAGAAAGGCGGUUAGAACAGUUAGUUGAGCAGGCUCUGACCUUGCAGCGAGAUGCCUGCGUCUUUCACAACUCAUUGGACAGAGAAAUUUCAUUGUACACAGAUCAUCAGUGUGGAAGAGAUCAGAUUCCAUCUCGAACACUACAGAUAUUAGAAGCACACUCUGAUGAAGUCUGGUUCUUGAAUUUUUCUCAUAAUGGGAAGUAUUUAGCUUCCUCCUCUAAUGACCAGUCAGCAAUCAUAUGGGAGGUCGGUACAAAUGGUGAAGUUUCUUUAAAGCAUAAACUGUCUGGCCACCAUAAACCUGUAUCCUCUGUUUCGUGGAGUUCUGAUGAUGGUAAACUCCUCACUUGUGGCGUUGAGGAGUCUGUUAGAUGCUGGGAUGUGUCAUCUGGUGAAUGCCUCCAUGUUUAUGAGAAAUCUGGGCCUGGUCUAGUUUCCUGUGGAUGGUCUCCAGAUGGGAAAUCGAUAUUUUCUGGUGUUAAUGAUAGGAGCAUAUGCAUGUGGGAUUUGGAUGGGAAAGAGGUAGAGAAUUGGAAAGGUCAACGAACUCUCAGAAUUUCAGAUUUGGAAAUCACUAGGGAUGGGAAGCAAAUUAUGUCCAUAUUCAAGGAAACUGCAAUUCUUUUAUUCGAUAGGGAAGCGAAGUCCGAGAGAGUGAUUGAGGAGGACCAAACCAUAACUUCAUUCUCAUUGUCAAGGGAUAAUAGAUACCUGUUGGUUAACCUUGUGGGUCCGGAAAUCCAUCUCUGGAAUAUAGAUGGCGAUAUCAAUCUUGUCGCCAAGUACAAAGGUCAUAAGCGUACCCGUUUUGUCAUCAAGUCAUGUUUUGGAGGGUCUGAACAAGCUUUUGUUGCCAGUGGCAGUGAAGACUCACAGGUAUAUAUAUGGCAUAGAGGAUCAGAGGAGCUGAUAGGGAAAUUGUCAGGGCAUUCGGGAUCCGUAAACUGUGUGAGUUGGAAUCCUGUGAAUCCACACAUGUUGGCAUCAGCCAGUGAUGAUGGUACAAUUCGAAUAUGGGGCUUAAACAGUCAUCUGCAGCAGCACAAGAAGCUGCAGCAGGUUCAUAGCAAUGGUGGUUCUAUGGCUGCUGCCUACAAUGGGAGAACUUGAACAAGACAGACGAAAAGAUGGCGAAACGCCCAUAUAGUCAGUCCACUUCUUUGCUUUCCACCUUCACUAAAGGGUUCAUCUACAAGUUGUGACCUUUUUACUUUGUCCCCUUGGUUUUCUUUCUUGUAAUCUUUGGCACUGGACAUUCAUGUGAGAACUCAGAACAUCAUCAUCCAUCUUAAUGGGAAGGAAUCAGAAAGGCAGACUCGGAUAAUAAAUAUUUCGGUCUCUCCCGUGCUCUGAUGUUUUCAGUUGAUGUUCGGCUCCUGCCUUCAUUCGGUUAUUAAAUGUCUCUCUGUCAUAUGUUGGAUUGGUAGAAAAGCAAGCUUCGGGUGGCAGAGUAUAGUAUGGUAGCAGUGUACGAGUCACACACACAUGAAUCCUGAUAAUAAUGUUGUUCAUUGGAAAAGCAAAAUGUGGUAGGCUGUUUCAUUACUUGUUUCUUCUGACGCAAUUGAAUUGGC